AUGGGAAGCCCGGUGUUCUUGGUUGUCGCCUACUACAUUAUAACUGGCCUGGUGUUUGGCAUAGUGACUGCGACGACCGAAAUGUCCUCGUACCUACCUGUUCCUGGCCCUUCUAUGCCAUAUUAUGCUAGCAGCUUCUUUUCAAGUAGCCUAGGGUUUGCCUUGGGCUGGAUGUACUGCUAUAUCUUUGCUAUCACUGUACCAGCUGAAAUAACGGCUGCAAGCCUUGUAGUUCAGUAUUGGAACCCUCCAGUGCAUGUGGCUGUGAUUAGUAUCAUCGGGCUUAUCAUCAUGGCCGUGGUGCUUGUUUUUGGGGGAGGUCCAAACCGCGAGUUGCUUGGUUUCCAUUAUUGGAAGCACCCUGGUCCUAUCAACGAGUAUCUGGUUACUGGUCAUGCUGGCCGCCUGAGUGCCUUUCUGGCUACCAUCUGCUUUUCAGUGUAUGCAUUCGGCUUCGCCCCAGAACUUCUUAUCAUCACUGGGGGAGAGAUGCAGUCCCAUCGAAGCAACCUACCAACCGCAGGAAAACGGUACUUCUACCGACUCGUGCUUUUCUACAUUAUCGGAGCUUUUGCCACCAGUGGGUCUGGCGCGGGAGCCUCUCCAUGGUCUAUUGCAGCCCGAAACGCAGGUAUAUUGGGCUUGGACUCGGUCAUAAACACAGUUAUAUUACUCUCCGCGUUGUCUGCCGGCAAUUCUUACUUCUACAUGUCAACGCGUGCCCUCUACUCGACGGCCUUGACAGGUAGUGCACCCCGUUUUCUGAUGAAAUGCACUAAAUCUGGCGUUCCCUACAAUGCAGUCGCGUGUAGCACGGCCAUCUGUCUUCUCUCCUAUCUCAAUGUAUCCUCCACAGGAGCAACCGUAUUUAAUUGGUUCGUCAACCUGAUCAAUACUGGGGCCUACCAGAGCUGGAUCUGUGUCUGUAUCGUCUAUUUGCGAUUUAGAAAGGCCACUGAUGCCCAGGGAGUGACUGACCUGCCCUAUCGAUCCCGAUUUCAGCCCUAUAUGUCGUACGUCUCUGGUGGUACUUUCAGUCUAUUGCUUCUUGUGAAAGGUUUCAAGAACUUCAUCAAUGGCCACUGA